CAAAAAAAAGAAACACACUAAAAUUUCCGAUCCGGGUAUGGGUCCGAUCCGGGUCGGGUAAUCCAUCUCUACUCGAAAGAGUCUUUCUCUCUGGUUGUUGGACGGAAACAGUAAAAAAAUAGCACCAAAUUAAAAAAAAUACAGACGCGCCGCCGUGCGAAAAAAUAAUCUCCGGCCACUUUAAUGAAUGGCGAAAUGGUAUUUGCCGCUAACUGAUAAGUUUCCUUUGAUUUCGUCUCUUUUGUGUCGUGGAGGAUGUCAGGAGGCUGCUUUCUACUGUAGUGAAUCAUGCGCAGAGACAGAUUGGGAAGUUCUCACUCUCUACUUUUGCACUGGUGUGAGAGGUCUGAAUCAACAUCUAGAGAGGCGCUUGGAGGGUUUAUAAAACCGAGUUACUCUUUGGUCUCUUUGAAAUUGGCUUUUUCAGUUUUGCGGUAACUUUAUUUAUAUCUUUAUCAUUUCUUACUUUGCAGAUACAAAUGAUAUUUUUUGUCCUGGCUGCCAAGUUAUAGGAAAUUGAAAGCAGAGUGAGCCAAAUCAGUCGCUACUCUUGGAGGCAUGGAAACCAGUAUCUAUUGGAUACAAAAAAAAAAGGUGGUGGGAUUGCAUCGCAUUAGUUGAUCAUUCUGAUGAAGGAGCCUUCAGGAUGCAGAUAAAGAAUCUUGCAUGUAACGGUAGGUAUUUUAGUUGUAGUAUAUCGCUUGAAGGUUGAGUUUACUUGUCUUGUUUUGUGUAGUGAUCACAAUUGCAGUUGCAUCAGCUGCGCAUCCUGACUGUUUUGCCAACCAAAUUACAUUGUUAUCUCCAGUCUUUUGGAGCUCUUGUUUAUACAUUAACCUAGACUUGGUGGUAGCAUCACCAGUAGAGGACUAUUUCUUGUAUAUUGAUAUGAUCUUCCUGAUGCAGAAAAGGAAGAAGCCGAUGAAAUCACGAGACCGUUUCUAGAUGCUCUUGGUGAUGAGUAUUCGGACUGUUGCCAAGGAACGGCCUUCUUCCCCUCCGCAGAGCUGUAUGAACCAUUCUUGUUACCCUAAUGCAAAAGCCUUCAAACCAGAAGAGGACAGAGACGGAGACAAGCAGUUAUAAUUGCGCUAAAGACGCAUCAGCAAGAACGAAGAGGUGACGAUUUCAUAUAUAGACGAGGAGCUUCCUUACAAAGAUAUUAAAAAAUUUACUGUGUCAAUUAAAAAUAUUUAUUGAAUACGGACAAAACAUCCAAAAUCUGAAUGACCGUUGAGAUGGAUAAUACUUAUGUCUGGAGAUACGAACCACACCCACAUGUUCUCUCUCCUUGACACAAUCACCAAACCAUUUCUCUCUAAACCAAAAGAAAAAGAAAAAAAAAAAACACUUUUUUUUCCUCUUCUCAGUCCCCAUUGCAAUGGCGGACUACGAAGACGAAAUCGACCACCAUAACCAACCAUUCAUCCCAAAAGAAACAGCACUACAAGCCCUAAACUCCAUAAUCCAACUCCACUUCGAGAAAACCCUCGAGAAGAAACGAGCCAUUGACCAUCAGAAGAAGAAGCUCCACAAGCUCUUUCAGCUCUUCUUCAUCUUCCUCGCCAUAGUCUUCUUCUCUCUCUCCCAACCCUCAGGUCGUCUCCGCUGCCGCCACUGUUGGGCACCCAUCUGUCUCCUUUCUUUCUCUCACCUCUUCUUCUACGUCUCCGUCGCUCAAACCCUCCGUUGCAUCAACGGCUUCAAGUACCAGCGUCGCUGCCACAAGCUCACUCUCGGUCUCGCCACUCAUAAGCUCCGGUUCAUCAAGUCAAGAAUCGCCGCUGGUGAUUUCCUCGGCGGCGGCGACGGUGACGAGGCCUCGGCUGCUGCUUGGGAUCUGGAAGUUCCUUAUCAAGAACCACCAGAUAGCUACUUUGGCAAGUUUAAGAGAAAUUGGGCUCUCUAUUUUGGUUUCUUGAUCCUUCUUUACACUUUCAUGAUCUCCUUCUCUGUUGUUGUCCUCUGUUUCUGAGAUCUCUAGAAUGGCAUUUUCGUCAAAUUCCACAAAAAAAACCACUGUGUCUCUUAUCAUCCAUUAGUCUUCACUUCAGCUUUAGAAGUAUCAUUAGAAGAUUGAAAUAGAAAUAAAAAGUUAGAAUCUUUGAGA